AUGCUAUCUAGCAACUAAAUAACUCAGUCGACCAAACAGUCACAGGUAGCGGGGUGUCUCCCUGCUCCAUCCCCUGCUCUAAUACAAAACUGUGCUCGUCGCUGCGCAACCGCCGUCGACGUCGCUGUCGCCGUCGCCGCGUAGCCGUUGAGCAAGCGGAAGAUGAGGAGACAGUUACUAUUUACGGGGUUCAAUGCAUUCGGGCAACACAAAAGCAGCAAGAACAGCGACCGCACUUCCGGUCGCUGUGUUGCCUUAACUGAAAUACAGUUGCCCGCCAAUGCAACAGACAAUUGGAUUGUUGCGCUCAGCUGGCGUUACACAGCUUAUGCUACGGGCUCGAAGCUAUGGCUGAUGGGAUUACUCGACGCGGCGCCGUUUGAACAAUUGGAAGUGGAGGCUCCCUCGGCUAUAAAGGCGUUAGCUGUUUGUGAUGCACAUUGUCUAGUGCUGCUGCAGAAUGGCGAACUCUAUAAGCUGCCGGCCAAGUUGGACGCCAAGCUGCAGCAGCUUAAACUGGAAGUUCCUCAGGUUGCUCAAAAGCGAUCUAUAUUUGGCAUAGCCAAAAUAACUCCUAAUCUAAUCACUCACGUUGCCUGCGGUUCAUAUAUCAAUGUGGCCAUCAGUGCAGCGAAUAUGGUCUAUAGCCUGCCCAGCUGCUUGCAUCAGUUUCCACAGCAUCCGUGGCGUGUGCAACAGUUGGAGUGUGGACAGGAGCAUGCACUGCUCCUCAAUGGCAAUGGCGAUGUCUAUAGCUGGGGCAAUGGACUUCGCGGACAACUUGGUCAGGUGACACUUGGAGUGGAGGAGACGCCUCAACUAAUAGAGGCGUUGGCUGGCAUUAAAAUAACUCAAAUUGCUGCUGGUGGCUGGCACAGUGCGGCAAUCUCUGCAUUCGGUGAUCUCUAUACGUGGGGCCUAAAUUCUAAUGGCCAAUUGGGUAUGCGUGUAAUGAAACCAGAUGGUAUACUCAAGGAACCAACGGUUUAUCCAUUGCCCCAGGUUCAUGAUUUGCCUGCAUGUUGUGUAGCUUCCGCUGAUGAUGAUGAAUCUGCGGAUCAAUGUGAGCCUGUCAAAGUUAUUGCAGGAUCACGUCACACAAUGCUUUUGCGUAGUUGUGGCCGCCUUUGGGCCACAGGCUGGAGUGCCCAUGGACAACUGGGCAAAGAACCGAAAAAGCCAGCGUUUGUUGAUGCUUUUGAAGUGGUCUGUGAUAAAGUCAGAGACAGUAAGUAUCAUGUUAUCUGUGGCCCUUGGGCCACAUUACUUGUGUUGUCUAAAUAAAUGUUUUAUACUAACUAUUAA